UUCAAAUCGAAACUCCAUUUCGAUGAUGUGCUCCGGAAUGUGGCCAAGAAGUACGGCCCGGUAUUCACGGUUUGGUUGGGAAACGCCCCCCACGUAUUUGUUACGGACAUAGAUAUGGCUCGCGAGGCGUUCAAGAAAAAUGACAUUGCUGGCAGGACUGAAUCAUUUUUCGGAUCUCAAUUAUCUAAUGACACGUCUAAAGACAUUGUAUUUACCGAUUACGGACAUACAUGGGAAGCCCUUAGAAGGGUCGCCCACUCGGCCGUACAAAAAUACUCGACAAACGAUAGGCUGGCAUACGUGGCCACCGAUUGUGUGGACCGGACGGUGAAGACUAUAUUAGAUAAGGAAGGAGUGGGUAAACCCUUUUCGCCCAUCAAUUACAUAUAUCUCACAUUUCUCAACAUAUUAGCCACCAGUACGUUUGGGCAAAGUUAUGAUUUGGAGGACAAGGAGUUUAAGGAUUUGAAGUAUGUUUUAAGUGAUUAUGUUCGAGAGGUCGGAGCUCGCUUUGUUUUGUGGGAAUUCUCACCCAUAUUGAGACUAUUAGACAAAAAACGAGUCAAUAAAAUGAGCAAAUUAUUUAAAGACACCGCAGAACUCAUGAAACAUAAAUAUAUUUCACAUCAGAAAGACUACUCGGAAUCCAUUGAAAGGGACUUUUGUGAUGCACUCAUAACCGCUAAGAAUGAGGCCCUCAGUGAGGGUAAAGAGUCGGCCCCUUAUCUCACCGAUGGAAACCUGGCGAUGACUAUAUUUGAUCUGUUUUUCGCCGGAACCGAUACAUCCCAACAGACAUUUCAAUGGUUACUCAUUUUGUUGUCGUAUUACCCGGAAAUGCAGCGAAAGUUGAGACAAGAGAUUGAGACACAAAUCGGAGACCGAAUGCCAACACAUGAGGACAGGAAUCGAUGCCAUUAUUUGAGACAAGAGAUUGAGACACAAAUCGGAGACCGAAUGCCAACACAUGAGGACAGGAAUCGAUGCCAUUAUGUCAUGGCUUUCAUUACGGAAACACUGAGGUUUAGGAAUAUAGUGCCUCAGGGCUUACCUCACAGGGCUAUUGUUAGGACUACUAUCGGUAAACAUACCAUCCCUGAGGAUAUGGCGGUUAUUGUAUAUCAGGGCUACAUUUGUCGUAAUGAUAAGGAUUGGGAGAAAGCAAAUGAGUUCAUUCCCGAGAGAUUUCUAGAUAAACAGGGAGAGUUCAUAACUACCCGUCCAAAAGCGUACAUCCCGUUCGGUGUGGGACGACGUGUUUGUCCCGGAGAGAAGUUAGCCAUCGCUGACCUCUUCCUAGUUUUGGUCAGAUUUCUGCAGUCGACUCAAGACUACGAUAUAGUCCUCGACAGUCAUAAUGUGUUCAAAUCUGCACUCCAUUGGGACGACGUGUUCCGCAAUGUGGCCAAACAGUACGGCCCGGUAUUCACCAUCUGGUUCGGGAAUACCCCUCAACUCAUCGUUACGGACAUAGACUUAGCUCGAGAAGCCUUCAGAAAGAAUGACAUCGCCGGUAGACCUGUCUCCUAUUUCGGAUCUCAAUUAUCAAAUGACAAAUAUAGUGACAUCAUAAUGACCGAUUAUGGACAUAAAUGGGAAGCACUGAGACGGGUCGCACACUCUGCUAUUCAAAAAUACUCGACAAACGAUAGGCUCAUAGACGUGGCCACCGAUUGUGUGGACAGAACCAUAAAAACCAUAUUAGACAAGGAGGGUGUGGGCACACCUUUCUCGCCCAUUCAAUACAUAUACUUAAUGUUUCUCAAUAUAUUAGCCACGAGUACUUUUGGACAAAGCUAUGAUAUGGAGGAUAAGGAGUUUAAACAAAUAAAGUAUAUAAUCAAAGACUUUAAUAAAGAAGCGGGAAAUCAUUUUCUGUUGUGGGAGUUCUCACCCAUAUUGAGACUAUUAGACCACAAAUUAGUCAAAAAACAGAGACUAUUAUUUAGGGAAGCCGUCGAUAUGAUGAGGACUAAGUUUAGUUCACAUUAUAAAGACUACUCGGAAUCAAUUGAAAGGGACUUUUGUGAUGCACUCAUAACCGCUAAGAAUGAGUCCCUCAGAGAGGGUAAAGAGUCGGCUCCUUAUCUAAAGGACGAGAACCUUGCGAUGACUAUAUUUGACAUAUUCUUUGCCGGAACCGAUACCUCUCAACAGACAUUUCAA